UGUUGCGGAUCGGACAGGACAAAUGAAAGCGAGCAUUUGCACAGUUGUACAAAAUUCAAUUCGUCGCGAGAGCUACUUGCAACCGCGUGCCCCAUGUGCAGAACGGUCGAGAAGUUAAUUAUAGAUAUAUAGUUCCAUGUAUAACGUGCGAGUCUCAAUGGUGCCGCACAUGACGCCUUCGGUAGUGUCGACAAGAGCCGACCUGGUCCGCGCCACCUCGCACCUCAAGAAAGCUUUAAUGGGUGAUCGGAUGCGCAGCAUCGACACGAAAGUUCAUCGCCUCUGUAGCUUGAAAUCGAUCCAUCAAUGGCCAUCCCGAAGCCAAGCAAGCACGGCUCUCCGCGAUUUCCCGGAUCGGAGAUGGCGGGAGAGAGGCACUGCGGCAGUGUGUGCUCGCCACGGCCGCUGACUUCAAAGACCUUCACCAUGAGCAUUCUUCACCAAUACGAUGUGUUCAGUCGAUACCCCGACACAGCGGGGAGGGCGAGAACGCUGGUACUGGCAAGGGUCAGUAAAUACGCCCGCAGGCCUUCCAGAAUGGCCUGUGGCAGCUUCGUGGUUGAUGAAAGAAACCCAUCCAAAGAUCCAAGUUCAUGUUCAAACUUUGAAGACCGCUGCGGCUGCUUCUUCAGUGGUGCAUGCCAUACUUUCUCAAAUGGGCAUGGAGCAUGAUGUGAUCCCAUUCCAUCCAUCGUGUGAUCCGAGCAAUCGAAUGGCUUCGCAAUUUUGUCUCUUCUUAUACUUGCAUCGAGGCUGUGAAUUCGGAUUGGCGCAGACUGUCUCGCCUUCUUCCGAAGAAACUUCCCUUGUCACCCUGAUUGUCGGUCGGCUGUCAGCACCACUUGAAUGUCUGCCUCAUUCAAUCUCGUCCUCUUCGUGCUAUUCUCUUGAGAGCAAGAACUUUAUCCGAAAGAACACAACAGCAAAAUCGAAUCAUCUACGACGAAGUAUUAAGCGCAACAAGGUCAACUCGCGGCCGGUCCACCGUAGAGUAAUCGCGGCUUGCCGAUCGGCUCGAUGGCAGCUCCCAUAUUCUGUUGUCGACGGAUGUAUAUCGCAUUACAAUGGGUCGUCCAUCGUUCGCAAGAUGCAUGUAUUAUUGGUGUACAGAGGGGCAUCUAAGUAGAAUCCAUAGCUCAAAAAGAGAAUGAGGGUGCAAUGCUCUUCAUCCGAAAUCUAAAAAACGAGAAUGCUGCUUACUGCGCCGUCCUGCAAGGCGACAACACA